AUGCAGAGUGCAGCCCCUGGAACGGAUGGCGCUUUGUCCAUCGUCAACUAUCCGGCGACACGACUCCAGGGGCCCGGCCUGCUUCACAUGCUCGUUCAACACAACCCGCAAGCGAAACACCCUGCCAUCGACUUCCUGGCGCCAGGCGGCGAGCGAGUCCAGCUCUCAUACGCCGAGCUUCAUCGUGCGUCCGAGGCUCUGGCACUCAGGAUCUCGGCUCUUGCUGGGCUGCAGGAAGACUCGGGACUGUUUGUCGUGCCGGUGCUUGUGCCGCAAGGCCCAGGGCUUUACAUCACGCUGCUGGCCAUCCUGAAAGCCGGCGGGGCCUUUUGCCCCAUGAACUUGGAUGUGCCCCUCGAACGGGCCAAGUUCAUCCUGGAUGAUGUGUCCGCGAAAGUCGUCAUUACCACCUCUGAGUUCGCGGCGAGGCUCCCCGCGGAUGGCCGAAGUUUGUUGAUCAUCGACAGCGAACCGCUGGAGGAGCCGCCGGCAAUGGCGACGAAGCACAGAGAACCCAAACCGACCGAUCUGGCAUACGUCAUGUACACGUCCGGUUCGACCGGGACGCCGAAAGGCGUGGGGAUAUCGCACGACGCCGCCACCCAAAGCCUGCUCGCCCACGACCGCCACAUCCCCCCGUUCUCGCGGUUCCUGCAGUUCGCCGCCCCGACCUUCGACGUCUCGGUAUUCGAGAUCUUCUUCACCUUGUUCAGGGGCAGCACGCUCGUGAGCUGCGCCCGCUCCGCAUUGCUCAACGACCUGCCGGCGGUGAUCCGCCAGAUGGAGGUGGACGCGUGCGAGCUGACGCCGAGCGUGGCUGGAAGUCUGCUCCGCAAGCGCGAGAAUGCCCCCGGUCUGCGGUUGCUGCUCACCAUCGGGGAGAUGCUGACGCAACCGGUCAUUGAAGAAUUUGGCGGCGGCGGCGACGACGAGAGACCAAGCAUGCUCUGGGGAAUGUACGGCCCGACCGAGGCAGCCAUCCACUGCACCCUGCAGCCUGCCUUCGCCCGCGACUCGCCUGUUGGCAACAUCGGCAUUCCACUUGAUACCGUCUCGGCGUUUAUCCUGGCGAUUCCGGAGGAUGGCAAUGCCGGUCACGAACUCAAGGUUUUGCCUCGCGGAGAGAUUGGCGAGCUGGCUGUCGGAGGUUAUCAAUUGGCCGACGGCUAUCUGAACCGGCCCGAACAGACCGGUGCAGCCUUCAUCGACAGCCCGUAUGGCCGCCUGUACCGGACGGGCGACAAAGCCAGGAUGCUCCCGGACGGAACCCUGGAGUGUCUGGGCCGCAUUGCUGACGGUCAAGUCAAGCUCCGGGGCCAACGGAUGGAGCUGGGCGAGGUCGAGCACGCUGCCCUGAGGACCGAGGGUUGUCACAGUGCCGUGGCUGCCGUGACGGAGGCAACGCUCGUGCUCUUCUGUGCCGUGGACGAGGCCGGGGAAGGGGAUAUCUCUGCGUCCAUCAUGGACUCAUGCAGACGUUGGCUUCCGGGGUUCAUGCUUCCUGGUGAUAUCGUGGUAGUCGAGGAGUUUCCGCGUCUGGCAUCCGGAAAGAUCGAUCGAAAACGCCUGGUCGCUGAGUAUCGAGCCCGCGGACCUGGAUUGCCACAGACCGUUAGCUACAAGGACGACCUCGAACAACGACUUUGCGACCUCUCCAGCGAAUGCCUGGGAGUGACAGUCAACCCGCACCAGGAGCUUUCCAGCUGCGGUCUGGACUCACUCAGCGCUAUCAAACUCGCGUCGGCUCUCAGGGACGCGGGAUUCCCCGUUAGCGUUGUAGAGCUCUUGGAAGCUCGAACGAUCUCCGGCUUGCGUUCUCGGCUACGCUCAGCCAGUGAGGCUCGGGUCUUGGAGCCGAUACACCAGCUAACGGAUUCUCUGGACUUCGACGUCUCAGAUAUCGUGGCGAGUCACCCAGCUCUUUCAGCAUACGCUCAACGUAUCGAGUGUGUCAUUCCCUGCACUCCCCUACAAGCGUCUAUGCUCGCCGAGACCAUGGCCGAGCCGCAGGCGUACUGCAACUGGGUCGAGCUGCACUUCGCUGGCUCUCACACAACUGAAAGUAUCCGGCGCUGUUUUUCGCAGCUCGCAAAAGCCAACGAGAUUUUGCGCACCGGCUUCGUGCACCACAAGGGACAGUUCCUGCAGGUUAUCUUCGAGGCAUUUGCCCAGUCAAACUUCUCCACCACCCGCUGCAGGGUGAACGAGUUCAAAAUGCAGGACGACUCAGAUUUCCUUCGCCCCUUUCGAGUCCUGGUAGACCCAAUUGCAGAAGCAAGCGGAACGACUGUUGUCGUUCAGCUCCAUCAUGCUGUGUACGACGGCUGGUCUCUGGACCUGAUGCUCCUGGACCUGGGCCAGCUCGUCCGCGGCGAGGAGCCGCCACAUCGCGCCCAAUUUCGCGAGGUCGCCGCUUUUUAUUCCUCCAUGGCGUUCAGGGACAGUUGUGAUGCUGCACGAGAGUUCUGGGCCGGAACCCUCCUUGGCUACCAGCCGGCAGCAUUGCCUGUUCUCAACCCGGAGGUCACACAUUCCUCCGUCGUCCUGUCAACCACGGCGCCUCUGAAGAUCAAUCCCCGAGCCGUCAAGGCUGCUCUACAACAAAUCGACUGUGGACCCCAGACGGUUUUUCAGGCCGCACUCGUUUGGCUUUGGGCUUCCAUGCUCGGCAGCCAGGACGUGGUUGUCGGCUCCAUCCAGUCCGGAAGGUCGUUACCGAUCUCGCACAUUGAGGGCAUUCUUGGGCCAUGCAUUGCUGCCGUGCCUCUCCGGACUGAUCUUUCUCAGAUGCGGACCAUCAAGGACCUCCUUCUCAGCGUCCACGCAGGGAACAGAGCAGCUCUUGCAGCCAGUGUUCUGCCCCUGUCCGAGAUCAAACGCUCAGCGGGGAUUCGUCCAGCGCAGGCAGUCUACGAUGUUCUCUUCAUUUACCAAGAGUCUCUGUACAGCAGGGAUCAGAGCGACAAUACCGUCAGACUUGUUGCCCAGCGAGAUUACCUGGAGACAAAACUCCUGGUCGAAGUCGAGCCACGUGAGGAGGACCUUCGGUGUCGAUUCACUUUCCACGCGAACGUCUUCCCAGAGAGCGUUGUACAAAUCAUGGCAGAUUCAAUCGAGCCUCUGGUACGCUACAUCUUAGACAAUUUGAAUUCCGAACUUGGUUCAAUGCUCGGAGCCUUCCCUCAACAGUUCCUUUCCAUCUUCAACCCCCAUCCCACGACGUUCUCCGGCGUUUCGGACCUCGCACGGGCAGUCGAGCAGGUGGCCGCCGCGUCCCCUGACAAGGAUGCGGUGUGCUUCGCGGACCGGAUCUCGGACGACACUACCACGACAACCACCAUUACAUUUGCCGAGCUCAACAGCACUGCCGACCGGAUCGGCUGGCAUCUCGGUCAACUGGGUGUCCGGGAGGGGGAGGUCGUUGCUAUCAUCAUGGAGAAAUCAGUUCGGCUGUAUACCAGCAUCUUGGCAACCUUGAAGGCUGGGGCCGCGUACCUCCCGCUUUUACCAAGCACUCCGGUUGCUCGGAUCGAAACGAUGCUCCGGCAUGCAGAAGUCCGGUUCUGCCUCGUUGACACCGCGGCGAAAGAAACGUUGGAGGAGCGGGUGGGAUGCAUUUUCAUCGACGUUCAGCAGCUCAAUAUCCACGCGCUCCCAGCUUUAAGCAUCAAGCCGAAACCCAACCCCGACCGACUGGCCUACAUUAUCUACACCUCUGGCAGUACCGGCGUGCCCAAGGGCGUCUGCGUCACGCAGCGCAACAUGAUGAGCAACCUCGAUGUCCUCUCACGGAUCUACCCGGUCAAGCACGACUCCAGGUUGCUGCAGUCCUGCUCACAAGCCUUCGACGUCUCCGUGUUCGAGAUUUUCUUCGCCUGGAGCCAGGGCAUGUGCCUCUGCUCCGCCACAAACGAUACGCUCUUCGAGGACCUGGAGAGGGCAAUUCGCAAACUCGGAGUCACUCACCUCAGCAUGACGCCGACGGUGGCCUCCCUGGUUGACCCGGCGAAAGUUCCCCACGUCGAGUUCCUCGUCACUGCCGGCGAGGCUAUGACCGAAGCUGUUGCUCGGAAGUGGGCCGGCAAGCUCUAUCAGGGCUAUGGGCCGUCGGAGACGACCAAUAUCUGCAGCGUCAAGAGAAUGGACGCCGAUCAGACCAUUCAGCAUCUUGGCUGGACAUUCGACAAUACCUCGGCUUUCAUCCUGGAAAGGGAUGGCAUGCAGCCCGUUCCUUUCGGUUGCCUGGGAGAGUUGUGCUUUGGUGGGGACCAGGUGGCUCAGGGGUAUCUCAACAUGGAGGAGCUGACCGCAGCGAAGUUUAUCCACCAUCCGACCCUCGGCCGAGUCUACCGGUCCGGAGACCUCGGACGCAUGCUCCCCGACGGUUCACUGAUUUUCGCUGGCCGGGUGGAUGAGCAGGUCAAAAUCCGAGGGCAACGCGUCGAGCUCAGCGAAAUCACCGAGGCCAUCAGACAGUCCGAGCAUGCAAUUGAUUGCGCCAGCUUGUUUCUUCACAGGGAUGAGCUUUCACAAGGCCAGAUCAUCUCAUUUCUAGUGCCAAAGCAACGGCAGUCGACCGAGUUUAAGGUACUCGAUCUCAACGAAGAGCUCAUCGAAGAUGUCCGGGCGUUGUAUCGCUCCCUCGAUUCUCAGCUCCCGGCUUACAUGGUCCCUUCGACCAUCGUGCCUAUCUCCUCUCUUCCGAUGACAGCCUCGGGCAAGUUGGACAGGGCCCGCCUGACGCAGGUUUUCAAGCAACUGGGGAAUGAUUCCCUAGCAAUCCUCAGCCACGGCGCCGAGUUAAUCACAGAUGACGGAGAAUGGUCCCCCGUCGAAACGCAGAUUGCCGAAGCGGUAUCACGGGCUCUGCAUGUCGGCCAGAAGGAUGUCCGGAGAUGGACGCCCUUAACCGCCCUGGGGCUGGAUUCAAUCUCGGCUAUCGAGUUAGCCAGACAGCUUCAGAUGGGGCUUGGCAGGCGGUUCCCCAUCUCACUCAUCCUCCAGAACCCAAGCAUCGCCAAACUCGCACGGAUGAUUCCCAAUGUGGGCAUCUCAGAACCUGGCAAGUUCCAAGCGGUCACAGAUUUGUUGCCAAAGACCCUUGUUGAGAAACUCCGUCAACGGCUGGAGAUGCUCGGGAAAACCUUCACCUCGAUCUUGCCCUGCACGCCCUUGCAGGAAGCAAUGCUGGCGACUUCUUCCGGCAAGGGCCGGUACCUCAAUCGCAUGCUCUUCCGCGUCAACGGAGACUUGGCGAGGCUAAAGCAAGCGUGGAACGCCAUGUGCGCCCGCCACGACAUACUGCGCACGUGCUUCGUGACCUCGGACGACGCGGCAUGGCCGAUCCUGCAGGUUGUGCUCGCACAAUGGCAGCCUGCCUGGCACGAUAUUGAUGCCUCCUCCUCCUCCGGCAUCGAGGAGUGCAUCUCCCGGCACGCUCAAGGUGUGCCCGAGGCACUCGAUUCGCUCGAGCCCGCCGUCUCGUUCGCCGUCAUUGCAGAAAGCGAAGCUGUUUACCUGUCCUUCGUGUGCCACCAUGCCCUCUAUGACGGCGUGGCGAUCGAGCGGCUCUUGUUUGAAGUCGAACAGCAUGUGAAUGGUUUCUCGCUGCCGCCGCCUCCGUCUUACGAGCAUUUUCUUCUCCAGUCUAUGGACUUGCCGGCGUCUACCGACCAGUUCUGGUCCCAACAUCUGGCAGGGUACGAGCCGAAACUGGUGACCAACUUGCAUUCUGAUCUUGCCGAGGCGGCGUCUCGGGCGUCGAGCUCGGAGUUGGGAAUUCCGCUGUCGCAAAUCAGAACUCGACUGAAGGAGCUCGGUGUUUCAUUGCUCGGGCUUUGCCAAUCGGCGUGGGCAACCGCUCUUGGGCGUCUCUUCCAAACGGACGAUGUCUGCUUUGGGAGCGUUGUCAAUGGCCGGUCCGUGCCAGUGGAGGGCAUCGACCAGCUUGUGGCACCAUGCUUCAACACGAUUCCAAUCCGCAUGGACCUCUCGGGCUGCCGGCGGAACCUCGACUUGAUGAAGGCGUUUCAAAGUCUGAACAUCGAGCUCAUGGCAUACCAGUUCACUCCCCUCCGACGCAUCCAGCAGCGUGGCGGCCGGCGUUACUUCGAUACUCUGUUGCUCUUGCAACAGCCACCUCGGGCUCUCGAUCAAUCUCUUUGGUCCCUCGAGAAGGACGACGGAGAGAUGGAUCUUCCGCUCGUCUGUGAAGUUGUACCUGAUACCCACAUAGACCAACUUAGCAUCAAAAUUCACACCUUACCAAGUCAACCACUUCCCACCGGGAUUGUCGAUCUCGUGUUAGACUUAUUUCGUGAUGCCAUCCAAAACUGCCUUCGGUUUCCGGGCUCCCACGCAGGCCGUGAAGACCUUCCUCAAGGGCUUGCUGAGAGGUUGAACUUGGUGCAUCUACCCCGCCUGGAUGGCAACACUGCUGCACCUGAGGCCCCUGACAGCGACAGCGAGGCCUGGACUCCCACGGAGCAAUCUAUUCGGACAGCUUUUGCUACACUCUCAUCAUACCAGCCGGAGCAGAUCCGGCGGCACACAACGAUGUACCAACUCGGCUUGGACAGCAUCAGUGCGGUACGGAUUGCCUCCAUGCUCCGAGAGGUCGGUCUUCGAGUUGCUGCGAGCGAUGUCAUCGAGCACCCCACCUGUGAAAAACUUGCCCGACUCAUUGACACCGGUUCUCAUCGCUUGCGUGCCAAAGUAGCGUACGACGUCGCCAAAUUCCAGGCUCAGGUCCUCUCACAGGUCUUGGCCCAGGGGAUAAACCUGGAAGCUGUCGAGGCUGUGAUUCCCUGCACUCCGCUGCAGUCAUCCAUGAUGGCGCAGUUCAUCAGGUCGGGCGGCCGCGACUACUUCAAUCACAUCGAUUUUGAGCUGGCAGAUGGCAUAAGCGCAGCAGCCCUGGAGGACGCGUGGAAGGCUGUGGUGGUCGCGCAUCCAAUCCUGCGAACAACAAUCGUGCCGGUAGAACACGACGAUUGCGAGUUUGCUCUCGUGCAGUACCAACCGGCCAAGAUCAGUCCAGGGCUGGCCAUCAUUCCUGAAGAGAUGGGCGGCACGUUCGAUCUCGAAGCUUGGCGUGCACAGGCUUGCCGGACAGCGGCUGAGAAGCCUGAUUCGCCGCCGUGGUCCGUCGUCAUCGCUCAUGGAGAAAGGCAACUAACGAUGCACCUGGCUAUCCAUCACGUCAUCUACGAUGCCCACUCCCUGCAGGUGGUUCUGAACGACUUAUCAAAGGCAGCGGCCGGCUUGACACUCUCUCCAGCGCCUGCGACUGAGGAAGUGGUUGGGGACAUUCUAGGCCAGGUCUCCACAGCAGCCGAAAGCUCCGCAGAAUUCUGGAAGAAGCACGCAGAGGGCGUCGUCAUCAACGGCUUCCCCGUUAUGACCUCCCUGCGGCAGCCGUCACGCGGUAUCCUGGCCGAGUCGAGUACGAGUAGCAUUUCCUUGGCCGACCUCGAACGGGCUGCAUCGAACUCUGGAUACACUGUUCAAGUGAUCCUGCAAGCAGCUUGGACACGGGUCCUGUCGGCUUAUCUCGGCGAAGACGCUGUUGUCUUUGGAGUCGUUUUGUCCGGUCGAAACACAGAAACCACUCGGAACGCCGUCUUCCCCUGCAUCACCACCUUGCCUGUGAUAUCAGCUAACAACGACUCUAACCGCAUCCUGCUGACGCAGAUGCUGGAGUACAAUGCCGGGCUCUUCUCACAACAACACCAAUCUCUCACGCGCAUACAACGGUGGCUCAAGUGUCCGGAUGCAAAGCUCUUUGACACUCUGCUGGUGUACCAAAAGCUCGAUCACGGCACGCCGGUGAACAGGCCAUGGAGGGUGACGCACGAAAGCGCCAGCGCCGAGUACCCUGUGUCGGUUGAAGUCGAGCCCGGGAAGGAUGGUCAGCUCGGGUACCGAAUCACCUUCUUUAGCGAUGUGCUGGACAAGGAGCAGGGGCUUCUCCUGCUUCAGCAAUUCGACGCCGCAGUCCAACAUCUCGCGCUUGAGCCCCGCGGCCGUGAAUCAGACCUUUUCACAUCCCGCCCUGACCUCUUCUCGGUCCUCCCGCCUGAAACGCCGGAGAUACCGACCAAAACGAAGUUCCUUCAUCAGUUCGUGGAAGUCCAGGCGCACAAGACACCUCAUGCUAUUGCGCUCCAUUUCGUGAGCAGCUUCGAAGGCGAAGCCCCCGUCGGGCGAAUGUGGACGUACAAGGAGCUCAACGAAAGUGGGAACAGGGUGGCUCGCAUUUUGCAACCCCUCGUUGAAACUGGGGCUGUCGUUGCCGUCUACUUUGACAAGUGCCCUGAGGCCUAUUUCUGCAUCCUGGGCAUCCUCAAGGCCGGCUGUGCCUUUGUCGCUUUGGACCCAGGAGCCCCCAAGUCGAGGAACGAGUUCAUCCUCCAAGAUUCCAACGCCUCAGUUCUGGUCACCACCAAGGCGAAGGAGGACAGCCUCCCCUUUAGGGUCUCGGUACCUGUUGUCGGCGUUGACGCAACACUCUUGGAGGCUUGCGACGCGGAUGCUCCGACGCUCACUCGGCCACUGGAACCUGUCGAUGUCUGCUACUGCCUCUACACCUCGGGAACCACGGGAACACCCAAGGGGUGCCAGAUCACACACGACAACGCAGUCCAGUGCAUGCUUGCCUUCCAACACAUCUUUGCGGGCCAUUGGAGUGCGGACUCGAAGUGGUUGCAGUUCGCGUCACUACACUUCGACGUGUCCGUCCUGGAGCAGUAUUGGAGCUGGUCCGUGGGCAUCACUCUGGUGGCCGCCCCUCGCGAUUUGAUCCUCGAAGACCUCGCAGGCACCAUCUCCCGCCUGGACAUUACCCACAUCGACCUGACGCCCAGCCUCGCCAGAUUGCUGCAUCCGGAUGACGUUCCCAGUCUCUGCAGGGGCGUCUUCAUCACCGGCGGCGAGUCGCUCAAGCAGGAGAUCCUGGACGCCUGGGGCUCCAAGAGGGUCAUCUACAAUUUCUACGGCCCCACCGAGGCGACCAUCGGCGUCACUGUCUAUCCCCGGGUGCCCACGACCGGCCGGGCGUCCAACAUCGGCAGGCAGUUCAUCAACGUUGGGUCGUACGUGUUGAAGCCCGGAACGGAGGAGCCGGUCCUGCGAGGAGGCGUGGGCGAGCUAUGCGUCUCCGGACGGCUGGUCGGCAAGGGCUAUCUCAAGCGCGACGGUCUCACGUCCGAGAAGUUCCCGACCCUGGCGCGCUUCGGGGAGCGCGUCUACCGCACCGGAGACCUGGUGCGCGUUCUCCACGACGGCUGUUUUGAUUUUCUUGGGAGAGCCGACGAUCAGGUCAAGCUCCGCGGUCAGCGCCUCGAGAUCGGCGAGAUCAACCACGCCAUCCGAAAAGGAGUUGCCUCGGUCAAGGAUGUCGCCACUCUCGUGGUGCGCAACGAAGCGCAGCAGAAGGAUUUCCUGGUUUCGUUCAUCGUGGCCGAUGGCAAGCGGACACGUCCGGAGAAGGGCGACCGGCUGCAACUUGUUGAGGGCCCGGAAGCGGAAGAGCUCUGCAAAUGUGCGAGAGAUGCCUGCCGCUCCAGGCUGCCGGGGUACAUGGUCCCGACCUACGUGCUGCAGCUGCCGUUCAUCCCACUGUCGGCGAACAACAAGGCUGAGCUCAAGGAACUGCGCCGGUUCUUCCUGUCCCUAGGGCAAGACAAGCUGGUCUCCUUGUCACCUGCUGUCGGGAGGUCCGACGGGAUCCUUGACGCCAUCGAAAUGAAGGUCUCCGAAGUGGCCGCGAAGAUGCAAGCCAUUGACGCCCGCUCGAUCACCGCGGAGUCGAACAUCUUCGAGUUAGGCAUCGACUCGGUUUCAGUCCUGCGCUUCUCCCGCGCCCUCAAAAAGGAGGGAUUCGCGCAAGCCAGCCCAUCGUUGAUCCUGCGCCAUCCCCUCAUUCGAGACUUGGCACGCGCCCUGAAGGAGCAGCGCGUGGCCUCCAGGCCGGACUUGGUGGCGGCAGCACGGCAGUACGUGCAAGCCUGUGCUCACAAACAUCGGUCGCACGUCUGCAGGGAACUGGGUAUCACACCGGCCGAGGUGGAGUAUAUCGCGCCGUGCUCGCCGCUGCAGCAGGGGAUGAUCUCGAGGUCGGCAAACGAGAACGCCUACUUCAACACCUUUCGCUUUAUCCUCGACCCAGGCGUAUCACCUGAGAGACUGCGCGCGGCAUUCCAGCGAGCCGUUGACGGGCUGCCUAUCCUCCGAACCAAGUUCGUUAGCACGACCGACGGCUUCGUUCAAGUUGCGCUGAGGAAGCUCGCCGUCCCUUGGUCGGAGACGUCGCUCGAUACCGAGACGGGUGCUGAGGAAGUGGUUCAAACUACGAAGACGACUUGGAUUGCUCGGAACUGGGGGGUUGUUGUCGGUCAACCAUGGGAGGUUGUGCUCAUGAACGGAAAGGAAGAAAGGACCCUCGUUGUUCACAUUUUCCAUGGUCUCUACGACGCGAACAGUUUUGCAUUGCUCUUGGACCGGAUUGCCGCCGAGUACACCGCAAUGGACAGUGGUUCCCGGGAGAACAUCGUCUCUCCCCCGGCGCCGUCCUUUCUGGAAGCCUUGUGUCACGGGCCGUUGCAGGACUUCCGCAGUGCCGCGUCAUUCUGGGCAGACCAUCUUGCUGGCACUACCCCCUUCCAACCUGUCCCAACCCAUUCCACCAACACGUCCGCAGCCGUCAGCAGGCGAACGCUCCGGUUCGAGAGUCUCGACAAGCUGAGGGCCUCCCUUGCCGUCACCCAUCAAGCGUUGGUGCAGGCUGCCUGGGUUAGCGUUCUGGCGCGGCAGCAUGCCGCCGACCCGACAAUCGGCAUUAUCGUCUCGGGGCGCAACAUCGAGCUGGAUGGUGCCGAGAGGGUCGUGGGUCCCCUCUUCAACACGCUACCAUUCCAUGCUCGUAUUUCUGGGAAGGCAGGGUCAACAUGGGCUGAUCUGAUACGUCAAUGCCACCAGUACAGCACCGCCGUCCUUGCCUUUCAGCAUGUCCCGCUACGGGAUGUGCAGAGGUGGUGCUCAGGCGGCAAGCCCCUGUUCGACACUCUCUUCUCCUUCCAGCGCGAGGAACAAUCUGUGACCCAACACAGAGGCUUGUGGCAGGUCGUCGAGUCGGAGCCCAACCCUGACUAUCCGCUGGCGUUGGAAGCUACCCUGGAUUCUGACAACUCCUUGCACCUGCUACUUGUGGCACGGCAGGAGAGGUAUGGACCCAAUGAGCUGUCAAGCAUGAUGGACCAGGUGGAACAUGCACUAGGUAGCAUGGCCGAGAAUCCAGGCAAUGCUAUUGCGUGCUCCCCGAAGAGGAUAUCACCUGGGGAGAUGGACAGGCACGCGAUUGCAGAGAGCCGUGAUACUACCGGAUUCCCGGAAACCCGGCACCUGUCCGUCAACGGCCACCCUGAGCCAGGCUUCACAUGGACGGAGGAGGCUCUCGCCAUUCGGAGCGAAAUGGCUGCCCUUGCUGCCGUCAACCCAGAAUCCGUCACCGAGACGACCCCGCUGUUCGGCCUCGGCCUCGACAGCAUUGACAUCAUCAAGCUUGCUGCGCGGCUCAGGAAACGUGGGAUUGAGAUCAAACCCAGCGAGCUGAUGCAAGGCCAGACCAUACAAGACAUAGUGCAACAUCUCGACGCCCGCGGCAGCAACAUCGGAAGCCUUGACAAAAGGGGACGUCCAAGGGCCAGCGCCAUCUCCGAGGCCACUUCUGCCCUGCGCCAACAUGUGGUCGGACGGGUCGAGCUUGCUGAAACUGCCAUCGUGCUCCCGGCGACUCCUCUCCAAGAGUCGAUGAUCACCGAGAUGAUCGAAUCGGAUUUCCAACGCUACUUCAACCACGACAUCCUGGAGCUCGCACCGACUGUUGACCUGCACAAGUUGAAAGACGCAUGGAAGGCCGUGAUUGCUGGCUCACCGAUCUUGAGAACCCGGUUCCUGUCGGUCGAAGACCCAUCCCUCAAGGCUUGCUACUGCCAAGUCAUCGAGGACGAACCAGCAGUGCACAUGAGCGAUGUUCUCCUGGAUAGUCGUGCGGAACUGGAAAAGGUCUGCGAGGGGGCCACCCUCAGAGCUCAAAAGGGAGCAGGGAGUUCCGAUCUGCUGCAGCUAGCCUUCGUGAGCGUGGGGAGCGAUCGGUUCUUGGUCUUGUCCAUCGCCCACGCUCUGUAUGACGGAUGGUCCCUCGGGCUAAUCCACCAGGCUGUUCAGGAAGCAUACGAAGGCCGUUUCCAGCCUCCAAGCAUGGAGAGCUAUCUCAGGCAGGUCGAGGACAAGCUCUUCCCCGAGGCCCCCGAUGCUUCCGCGUUCUGGUCCGGGUACCUGCAGGGCGCGGCGCCAACGGUGUUCCCUGAGCACGAAGUCGAUUCGAGGGAAAAGCGCGCGACCUAUCGAGCUGAACUAACCUCUUCAUUCCCCACACCGGAGAUUGUGUCCUUCUGCAAGACAAACGCUGUGACCUUGCAGACCUUGGGGCAAGCAUGCUGGGCUGCUGCGCUGGCCGCGAGGCAUGGCUCCUUGGACGUCACUUUCGGGGUGGUCCUCUCGUGCCGGGACACGGAGGAAAUGGAGAAACUCGUGUUCCCCACCAUGAACACGGUCCCGGUGAGGAGCGUUUUGCACGGCACCAUCUCGUCCUGGUUGCGGUACAUGCAGGACAACGCGACCGGCUUGCUUCAAUACCAGAACUUUCCGCUGCGGGAAGCUUUGAAGCUUGCGCGGGCCAACGGACCGCUGUUCAACACCCUCUUCGUCCAGCAGCGAACUUUUUCGUCGUCCUUCCAGCAUGGCCGUGAGAAUUGGAUGAAGUCGGUUGGCGGGUCGUCGGCCGUGGAAUACCCCAUGUGCGUGGAGAUGGAGAUGACGGAGAACGGGCUGGUCUGGAGGAUCGCCCUCGGGAUCAGCCAAGAUGCCGCGACCCGUAUUCUGAAGCAACUCGACCAGCUCCUCGCGUAUUUUGUGCGGUUUCCAGCUGCCGAAGUUGUCGAGUUCUGGGGGAAAUGGGUCUCGAUUUGCGGGCAGCCGCCGGUGUUGCUUCGGAGCGCAGACGACAUUUUGACUACGUCGCACACACAUGAACCAGGGGACGGGGGGCAAGAAGCUUGGUCCCCCUUGGAGGAAGUUAUCCGAGAUGUGUUGGGUGAGGUCUCCGGCGUACCUGCGGCGACGAUCCGGAGGAGCAAUAACAUCUACCACCUCGGCCUCGACUCCAUCAGCGCCAUCAAGGUGGGAUCACUUCUGCGGAAGAAGGGGAUAGCCGUUCGGGUCCGCGACAUGCUCAAGGCCGGCUCUAUCACUGACAUAGCUCGGCUCGUCACGGACGCUCAGCUAAGACCUUCGCCGACGGAGACAGCAAUCGACGGAACUGAGGGCACCCGAGGAUCUGAAGUUCCCGAGGGUCUCGACCUCCCGGCCACGCUGCGGCAACACGGAAUUGAUCGGUCUGCAGUUGAGAAAGUGCUGCCUGCGUCACCCAUGCAGGUGCACAUGCUCUCGGUGUGGCAGAACACCCAGGGCAAGGUGUUCUGCCCCAGCUUCUGCCUCAAACUCUCCUGUCAGUGUGACAUCCACGCGAUCGACAGGGCGUGGAAGGCCCUGGUGGCCGAGACACCGAUCCUAAGAACCAUCUUCCUCUCAACGAACUCCCGGUCGACUCCGAUCCUGCAAGUUGUCCUCCGGCCGUCCACACUCAGCCCAGGCCACUCGUCCCCGGACGGCGCAACCUGGCACAGCAGGACCACAGACAACUGGUCUCAACCAUACAACACCCUGCGCGCCGAGAAAGACGGCGAUGGCACCUGGAAGCUGCGACUGCGCAUCCACCACGCCCUGUACGACGCGGUCAGCCUGCCAGCCAUCAUGCACCGAUUUGCCGCUCUCUGCGCCACCCACCCAGCCGAAACCUCGUCGACCAGCGCCGUCGUCAACUGGCAUGACGCCCUGUUCGCGCGCUGGGCAGCGGACCACCACCGAGCCUCCAGAAAACAGUUCUGGACCGAGCAUCUCGCCGGAGCCGAGUCCUCCUUCCCAAUGCUCGGAUCUCAACCUACGCCACCAGACAAGCCCCAGUCCCGCGCGAACGGCGUCAGCCUCCAAGCGCUUUUCUUCGCCGCUUACGCAGACUUCCUGGCCAACGCGACGGUCGAGAGCGGCAGGCCGCGGCCGCAGCGCGUCGUGUUUGGGGUCUACCUGGCCAACCGGGCCGGGCUGGAGCUGGACGAGGCAGCGGGGGCGGGAGCGGCUGCUUACUACUACCCCUUCCUCCGACUGGUGCCGCUACGGGUGGUGGUGCCGGGGAGCAGCGGGGACGGUGCUGGCAAUCUGGACGAUGUGGCUGCCGCGAUACAGCAAGACUUGCACGCCAUUUCGUCGCCUGUCAAUGUGGAGGUCGGGUUGUGGGAGGUCAAGGACUGGACGGGGAUUACGGUCGAUUCGUUCGUCAAUUUCCUUGGCGUCUCAGGGGCUGAUCCUCGAAGUAGCACGCAAGGGGAUGUCCGGCUGGAGUGGGUGGGGGAGCCGACGGUAGACGACGCAGAGCUUCCAGCUACGCCAGGCCGGGAGGGUGAUGCGUUUGAGGAGGAGCGCCACGCGCGCGAAAUUGCCAGCAACCCUGUGAGGGACGCGUUUCCGGACGCCGUUGAUGUUGAGGUUUCUGUAGAAGGCGAGGCCAUGACUAUCGGUGUCUUUGGCUCCAGCCAGAGACUGGGCAGCGACGGAGCGACAUGGGUCAUUGACCAGAUUGUCAAGGGAUUGAAUGUUGUAAAUUAGCUGACUGGGUCGUCGGUCCCAUUGAUUCGUGAUUCUUUCGGUCACCGCGGUCUCUGACUGCGUGGGGAUCGUGGACACACGUAUGCCGAUGCCUCAUUAACUCCCG